ACCGCAGCAGCAGCAGCGCCACCUUCCCUCCUUCCUUUUCCCGGUUCCUGUUGCCCCCGAGUCUGAGACGCACCUGCACCUCUCUGCCACGGCGCGAGAGAAGGGCAAGGCCGGAGUCGGCCGCAGUGGCUCUUCCAAGCGCGGGUACAGUGGAAAGGAUUAUGUGUGCAUAAUACAUGAGGGUUGAAGUCUCUCUCACACGCGCACGCAUCUGCUGUUCCUUGCGAAGGAGUGUUAAUGCGUUGUGAUGAUUGGGGAGGUGAGACGAAGGCUUUCCAGUUUGGCUGCUCCUCCAUCCCGAAAACAGAAGACAAUUAGCAGCCUGAUCCUUUUCCAAUGAGGGACCAUCCUCCGCAGAUGAGAUUUAUUAUCAUGAAUCCUGCUUUUCCAUGAAGUGAUUCUUAUGCUCAAUGUAUAAGAAAGCCAGUUGAAUUGAUAAGUUUUAAGUCACGUUCCUUUUGAAAGAAUGAAAUAUGCUGGAUCACACAGUUCUGGUGAACACUGAAAGCCUAAAAAGAUGCCGUGCACAAAUAAAACAGUUGUAUAACUUGUGAUGAGAAAAUAUGAAAAAGGUGGAACAUUUUCUUGGAAGCACUUUAAGCAGUAAAUGGUGCUGAUAGAAGAUCUACUGAGAUUUUGCUCUAAUAGCUACCAAUGAAAAACACUUUGCGAAUGGGAUGAAUACGCAAAGAGUGACUGCCUGCAGCAGCUUCAUAACUCACAUUAACUAAGUGGAGCACUUAACUAAGGAUGUUUUCAUUUCUACUUUACCCCAUUUGACGUGGCUUGUCUUGAUUGGGGGAAGAAAUUCAAAGUGGAGUACCAUAAACUUGAUAUGGAUAAAAAAAAAGACAAAGACAAACUGGAUGAUAGAAUGGCAAGGCCUAGUGGACGCUCAAGUCACAAUCCACGAGGUAGCAGCUCAUCAAAUUCUGGUGUGUUAAUGGUUGGACCUAACUUCAGAGUUGGAAAGAAAAUUGGUUGUGGCAAUUUUGGAGAGCUACGAUUAGGAAAAAAUUUGUAUACUAAUGAAUAUGUGGCAAUUAAACUGGAGCCAAUGAAGUCAAGAGCACCACAACUGCACUUGGAAUACAGAUUCUACAAGCAGCUAGGGUCUGGAGAUGGAAUACCUCAGGUUUAUUAUUUUGGCCCUUGUGGCAAAUACAAUGCCAUGGUGCUGGAACUACUGGGACCUAGUUUGGAAGAUUUAUUUGAUUUGUGUGAUAGGACUUUUUCCUUGAAAACUGUACUUAUGAUAGCCAUACAACUGAUUUCCCGAAUGGAGUAUGUUCAUUCAAAGAAUUUAAUAUACAGAGAUGUAAAACCUGAAAACUUCUUAAUAGGACGACCAGGAAACAAAACACAACAAAUUAUUCAUAUUAUAGAUUUUGGUUUGGCAAAAGAAUAUAUAGAUCCAGAAACAAAGAAGCACAUACCAUAUCGAGAACACAAAAGCCUUACAGGAACUGCUAGAUACAUGAGUAUAAAUACACAUUUAGGAAAAGAGCAAAGUAGAAGAGAUGAUUUGGAAGCUUUAGGUCAUAUGUUCAUGUAUUUUUUAAGAGGCAGCCUUCCCUGGCAAGGCUUAAAGGCAGAUACAUUGAAAGAACGGUAUCAGAAAAUUGGAGAUACUAAGAGGGCAACACCUAUUGAAAUACUAUGUGAAAGCUUUCCAGAAGAAAUGGCUACAUAUCUUCGUUAUGUGAGAAGGCUAGAUUUCUUUGAAAAACCAGAUUAUGACUACUUAAGAAAGCUUUUUACAGACUUAUUUGAUCGCAAGGGUUAUAUGUUUGAUUAUGAAUAUGACUGGAUUGGUAAACAACUGCCUACUCCAGUGGGUUCCAUCCAUUCAGAUCCUGCGAUAACUUCCAAUAGAGAAGCACAUCCACACCGAGAUAAGAUGCAGCAGUCCAAAAAUCAGUCAACAGACCACAGGGCAGCUUGGGACCCCCAUCAGGCCAAUCCCCAUCACUUGAGAGCUCACCUGGCAGCAGAUAGACAUGGUGGCUCGGUACAGGUUGUAAGUUCAACAAAUGGAGAACUCAACACUGAUGAUCCUACUGCUGGCCGUUCAAAUGCACCCAUCACAGCCCCUACUGAAGUAGAAGUUAUGGAUGAAACCAAUUGUUUUGCCCAUCGAUUUGCCAUUUUAAAGGGAAAACAACAAUUUCAGGUGCUGCUGUUUCUUCAAGCGAAGGAAAAGGAAAACCAUUCAACGUCACAAAUGACUUUGGAGGAAAGCAGACGGCGUGGAAUUACUCACUUACUCAUCUGCUAUAUCAUGAUAAGUCAUCUCUCUAGUUACCACACAUUUUUCCAGCAUCAUCUUUAAGUGAGAAGAUUCUCAUACUUGAUUUGAUUUGGUGGUUCAGCGUAUUUUUAAUUUGGAUCAUCUCUCCUGGAAGCUUUAAUGCUGUGUCAACAUAAAAGUACCUUUUGAUCACCAAGAUACAAAAAAUGCUUUUUUUUUCCCUCAGAAAAAUUACUUAGAAAACAUUAGCAGUGAUUAGCUGAAGACCAGAUAAUUUAUAAACCUGGUAUUUGCUAAGGUUUGGGGAAUGCUGAAAGUGAUUAAAAGAGACAACACUGGAAAUAAAGCUAUUAUUGUCCAAGCAUUUAAAAUAUCUUGCUUUAAGAUUUCUUUUCUCAGUAAUAGUUUUUUUAAAAAACUUUUUUUCCAGUUGUUGCUCUGGUGGUACUACAUUUGCAAACUUGCCAGUUAAAAUUAUUACAAAUAUGGUAGAGUCACUGCCUGGUGGUACUAAGACAGAAGCUAGAUGAAUCAUUUGAAGACAAAGCCUAAAUGCUGUGCUUUCUAAGGGAGGAGGUGUAUCAGUGUUUGUAAAAUCUGGGCUUUCAAAUCUGCUUUUGUUGUACCUCUAGUUGAGAUGCAGUGUAGUUAAAGUGGCAAUAGUGCUUGUACUGAAAUGCAAAUAUUUGUAUAAUGCAAGUUGUGCUUCCAGUUAUGUAUGACAUCAAUGCUGAAACAUCAACUGAAAGUUGCUUAAGGGUUAUAAAACCACACUACUAGGAAAUUACUGCAAACAUGUAGAAUGGGAAUCACAAAACGUUAAUCAAAAAUUAUUGUUGAAUGACAGUUUUAAAAAUGAAGGUCUGGAUGUGCCAAGUAAUAAACUGAGGUAUGUAUAUUAUUGGUUUAAGAAAGGAAAAUGGAAGUGGGUUAACCAUAAUGUUCCUUCAGUGAAUGUUAGCCUAUGGUUUAUGAUUGCCGCUGGGGGUUUCUAGAACAUUCUUACAUUUCAACAAAAUACUGCAUCACUAAAAUACAGCUGAUUGGAUUGAUUAGGUACUUUCCUGAUAAUUCCUUAAAGUGCCUGUGUUAUGAAAUAACAAUUCAUUAGAAAAAGCAGUUCUUCUCUUCCUCCUUCUCCCUUCAGUUUGCUUUGUUUAAAGCCAUAAUGACAGAAGCGUAUGUUUAUCAUGUUAAGCUGCCAGUAUCAUAAGGAUUUGAGUAAAGGAAAUAAAAUGGCUAGACAGAUUUGUUGACCAAAAUGCAAAUUAUGUGUCUUCUUAUAAAAAGGGUUUCCUAGAGCUAACUUUUGUCUAUCAGUGCAUGCCUUUGGGCAUAAUUAUUUAUUUUUAAUAUCUUAUGGUAACAUUCAAAAUGUGUAUUAAUUGAUAAAUGCACACCAGUUGAAUUCAUUAUUGCAUUUACAGGGAUUGUUUUAUAAUUUAUUUUUCUUAACUGCCAAACUGCAUUGUGUUAUCUUGAAUUAAGCACACAUAUCUGGCUAUUGUUAAUCACUGUUUCUGUUAGUGUAAUAAAUUCUCAAUUUACCAACUUGAUCUGACCAAUAAAAGCAUAAAUUAGAUAAUUUAGUAAAAAAAGUUCCACUUGACCGUUUCAGCUGAUUUUACUUUAAACACUAAAAGAGGCUGAUUUUUUUUAAAAGAAGAAGGUAGGUGGUUAACACCUUCUUUUCAGUAUUUGACCAAAUUUCUUUUAUCUAUUAUAUUUGUAAAUACUUGCAAUAUAUUUUUAUCAUAACCUAGCCGUUUCAUUUUCAAGGUUUUCUUUGCCCUGUACAGUGUUUAUAUGAUCUGAAUUCCUUACACAUAACACUGUGUAUAUUAAUCCAGUUAUGGUGAAGAUUAAAUCAAUGUAAAGCUUGUUUGUUUUCUGCAAAGACUGGAAUCUAGACAUUGCUGUUUAGCAAUAUUUUAAGUACACCAUUUUAAUGCUAAGGAGAAUGUUCUCACAAACGACUUGGUCAGUAGAAAGUUACACAGUUGUGUUCAGGUUAAAUCAACAAUGUCUCCAUUUAUAUGCUUUUUCCCGGUCUAAACUAAUAAAAUCAACAUUGCCUGAAUGUAUGAAUAAUAAAACACAUCCCUGUUUAAAAAUAUGUAAUGGAUGAAGAAGAAAAAAUAAAGGUAGUUUUUUUUAA